AUGGACACUUCCCCACAAAUUCCACCAGAAGAUCAUACAAUUUCAAGCAAUUCUCAAGCAAAUGAAGAUCCAACUCAAUUGAUCUGGUUCAUAAUUUUUGUAUGGUUUAUGAUAUAUCGAUUUCGGGGAAGAACUCGGAACCCAGAUAUGCAAUUGGUCGCCAUUUUACUAUAUCUUAUGAUAAUUGUAGCGUAAGUUUUUUUAAAGGCAGUCCCAAAAAUAUCUCAAGAAUUUUCAAGAAAACCUAAAAAUUUCCAGAAAUCCUCGAAAUUUCCGACAACUGCGUCCAAGAUUCAUCAAUUUGCUCGAAUGUGUCAUUUCAACAAUGAUAAGUUUAUUAAUAUUGGAUUUUGAGGAUAUGAAUCGAUCAAUUCAACAAUAA